AUGCAGUAUAGUCGAAGUUCAAGUUCUUUAAUUCGACCACCAACAUCACUUUGGAUUGCUGAAUCAACACUUGGUUCAGGUACAUAUGGUAUUGUUGAAUGUGUACGUCAUAUAAAUACACGUCAACGUCUUGCACGUAAAAUAAUUAAACUAACAAGUAAACAAGAAGAAGAAAAUGAAUUACCAGCGACAGCUGUCAGAGAAAUAGCUGUUCUUAAAUCAAUUCAACAUGAAAGUAUUAUUAAAUUAAAUCAUGUCGCAUUUGAACCAUCAUAUAAUAGUGGUUGUAAUCAUUUAUGUUUAUAUCUUGAAUUUCUUCCAAUUGAUCUUAAAAGAUAUAUGGAUGCACUUGGACCAGGUGAACGACUUAGUCCGAGACUUGUUAAAAGUUAUAGUUAUCAAUUAUUAAGUGCUAUUGAAUGUCUUCAUCGUCAUCGUAUUCUUCAUCGAGAUUUAAAACCACCGAAUAUUUUAAUUGAUUAUGAAGGUCAUUUGAAAUUAGCUGAUUUUGGUUUAGCUCGUCAAUGUCAUAUGCCUGAACGAACAUUAACACAUGAAGUAGUGACACUAUGGUAUCGUCCACCUGAAGUAUUACUUAAUGCACCUACUUAUGGAACGGCUUUAGAUAUUUGGGGUUUUGGUUGUGUAUUUGCUGAAAUGACACUACGAGAACCAUUAUUUCGUGGUGAAUGUGAAAUUGAUCAAUUAUUACUUAUCUUUCGUCUUUUGGGUACACCAACAGUUUCAGAAUGGCCUGAAAUUGCUCAAUGUCUUUAUUAUCAAACAUGUUUACCAAGAUUUCCUCUCGACGAUGUUCAACUUUCUCGUUUACCAAUAUUUAAUGAAUGUCGACAAUUUCUUAAAGAUAUAUUAAUUUAUAAUCCAAAAAAACGGCGAACAGCUCGACAAUUACUUGAAGAACAUGAAUAUUUAGCUGAAGCAGCUAUUCUUUUUCAUACAAUAUCAAAAAAUGGUUUAAUAGAACGUCCUAUACGUUCAAUUAUUGAUCGUGCUAUUCGACAACAAACUGAAAGUAUUCGUACUGUUCGUUAG